AUGUUGUCUCAACCAUACGCGCCUCCCGGCCAAGCAACCGUGUAUACUCCGUUCUCGGAUGCGUUUUCACAAGCUUUAUUGUUUGUUCCCCAGCAACCUUUCCAACCCGGUGGUGCGAUACAAGGGCCUGACCCGAAUUCACCAGAAGUGUUCAGGCAAAACAUCCAGGUAGUCCAGGGCCAUGUCGCACGCGUACAGGGUCUAGCAAGGAGUGCUCUCUCCGGGAUGGAACAGGCAUACCACCCCUCGACGAGCCCGCUGCAAACCUCCGCGGACCUGGAGGCGCUGAAGGAGGCGCUGCUCGCGCUCGUGGAUGUGCUCCGCCAGACGGGGGUGGGCGCGCUGCCUCUCGCGCCGCCGGACCCUACGCGCGCACCCGGGGAGGAGCAGCUUGUCGCGGAGACGGGUGCGGCAGUACAGGCGCUGUAUGAGGGGCACCGCCGCUUGCAGGAGAGCGCGGAUGCUGUGGGGAGCUUGUUGGUUGCGGGAGAGGGUAGGCGGUAG